GGCAUUUUAGCUGGGUGAAAUCCGUACCACAAUCGACAUGAAAAGCGCUAUCUUGUAAGCGUUUUGCUUCAGCAGAUCUGAGUGCGUGUUUGCGUUACGCGUGAGUGAAGUAUUGCACACACAAAAAAAAGAAACAAAAAGCAAGCCAUGAACCCGACAACGAUUCCAAACCACGAUUUCAUGGAGCUGCAUCCGGUGCAUCCGCAUCCGGCGGGUUGCAAGCAGCACUGUUUCGUGUUCACCGAGAUAGCGGACAUCGAGCUGCCGCCCGAGAUCACCAAGUACCCGGAAAAGAUCAAGAACGGCAGCAUCCACUCGUACACGAAGGAAAGCAUCUCGCCACCACCACCGAAGCUGGCCAAGGACCGCCGGAGCCGGAAAAUCAUUGCAAUCGUGUCCGGGCUGCUCGUCUGCGUGGCGCUAGCCGCCGGGAUUCCGCUCGGCUUGCAACUGCGGUCUUCUUCGCUGCUCGAGGCCAGGCUGGCAUUCAUUCGACGACUCUUGGUGGAGUCACCACUUGUCGAAGGCUACUGGGCACCGUCGAUGGGUGCGAACUUCAGCAAAAGCUUCGCUGAAGUCAAGAGCGGUAUGGUUGGGGCGCUUCUGUGGCCAAUUACGGUGCCAUGUGCGGCUCAGUACCUCGAUGCGGUUCAGCUCACGCUGGAGGGUUUAGACGAUGCGAGACGCCUCGUGGCUAAGAACGGCGAUAUGGCGAUCGUGGCCAACGCGGACGAAAUGGAGCAAGCCCACACCGAAGGUAAGCUGGCGAUUCUGUUCGGUCUCGAGGGUGGCCACACGCUUGGAUCCAGCCUGGCGGUUUUACGCUCAAUGUACUCGCUUGGGGCACGGUUUGUCUCACUGACCGGAGUCGGUUGUACGACCCCGUGGGCCAGCGCAUCGAUAAGGAACGACUUCUUCGAGGAAAACCUGCCCUCAACGCUGACGAACUUCGGCGAGGUGGUUAUUCAGGAAAUGAACCGAUUGGGCAUGCUGGUGGAAAUUUCACGACUCUCCGAACCGGCCAUGAUGGUUGCCCUGAACGUCGCCAAAGCGCCCCUGCUCCUGUCGAACGCGCUUCCUUCCUCGAUGGCGUGCAACGGGACGACGGCUGCCGUGCCGGAUCACAUCCUGAGCGCGCUGUCACAAAAUGGCGGCGUGCUGAUGCUGAACGUUGAGCGGUGCGGUGAAAAACCGAUGUCACUGAAGGACGCCAUCACGGCAAUCAACUAUAUCCGCGCGAUCGCUGGUGUGGACCAUGUCGGACUGAGCGGAUCGCCGAAGAACUAUCCGCUGCUGCUGGCGGAGCUGGCACGGGACCGGCUUUGGGGUUCGGUGGCCAUCAAGAAGCUGGUUGGGGGUAAUAUAGUGCGGGUGUUGCGUGAGGUUGAAACCAACAAGAACCGUCUGCCACUGUCCGAGGAUUGGAUCCCGUUGGAGGCUAUCGAGGGAAACGCGUACUGCCGGUAUCCUGAAACGUAAGCCCAUCGGGUUCCUUCUGAGCGCAAGGACGACGCGUACGAGUAUAACAAGUAUUAUCUUCCACACUGCGUGGACAGAGAGAGAGAGAGAGAGAGAGAGAAGCAGUAGAAAAUGCACCUUUAUACACCUACAUAAACUAGCUAACAAAGGAACGCGGAUUACGCAUCCCUGUGCUCUUACAUUGAUCUUGAUCACGAAGAGCGAAUGAAAACGAGACAAACUUUAUCGCAUAUCAAUUCUUCCUAGUAGAAUAUAAUUUAUUACGCUGUCACGUUCCCUCGUCUGUUGUUUCUGGUUUUCAAGACUCAAACCCCUUCUUACAAAAGAGCUCAGUGUCUAUGUUCCAGCGUCAGUAGAAGCAAAAUGGUGUGGUUCUCCGUUCCCAAGGGACCUGCAGACGGUCCUUGGACGGUUGAAUACUGGUCGUUUGAUUUAGGGAACAAGGAUCAGUGGGGUUAAACUAUCCCUUCUUAGUUACAACUAGUCGAGUAGCAAGAAAGGUGACAGAUUUGAAGAGAGCCAAGCGGAAAAUCGUCAAUGGACAAACAAUCAAGCAUCAGCAAUGAUGGACAACAGUAAUGUAAAGAUGGUAUAGUAUUAGCUUCUGAUUAUGUUUCGUGUUCUUAGUGCGUCGUACAAACGAUUAUUCUAUUUACGCCUACCUACGACGGCAGGCUGUUACCUAUAAGGAGAAGUUA